UUGAUAUUUUUAAUUUACGUUUAAUUUGAAGUAUUUAUAAUGUAACUAACCUUACCUAAUGGAACAUUGCUGUUAUUUAGGCAUUCAUGCGCACACGGCAAAAUAUAAAAUUGCGACGGUCGAAUGAUUACAUAGGUCUUGUAUUGCAAAAUAAGAACUGCGAUAUCUCCAAAAGUAAUUGGAAUUUAUUAUCUCCGCAUGCGGUUAUGAAAAGAGGACGUAAAAGAGCAUAUAAUGAAAGUUAUUUCAGAUUUGUACGAUUCUUUUUGGCGCUAAUCCGUACACUACAUAUUUACCAAAAAUAAUGUGAAUUCAUUUCAAUGGUUGUUGAUUUUAAAGUAUUUAUAAUGUAACUGACCUGACCAAACAAACCGGGACAAAGGAUGAACAGUAGGAACUCACGUAAUUUUUUUUUUUACUUAUUAUUAUUGUGCAACAAAUCCAAAUAACAAAAAUAUAACAUUAAAAUUUGAAAUGUUAAAAACUCACCUAAGUUAGAGGCAAGUACAAUUCCUUUGCCAUUAGUAGAAAAUUAUGUAGUCGUUCACCUACGUCGCGAGAAAAAAAAAAUCAUACUCGUAAACAAGAAACAAUGGUGGCCGCAUGAAUGCAAGGGGAGAGGAAGAGGACGGACUGCGAUGAGCACGACACGGCUGUCGAAGACCGUACUCGCCCCGCCCGGCCAGGGAGAAGGCCAGAGCUCGGAGCUGAGCAGCUCGUCGACGGUGAACCCGAACCAGUCCAACCUGCUGAAGUUCGAGUACGUGCUGGACCAGGUUGCUUCCGCGAGCCCCCGUGAGCAGCAUGACAAGAGGAUGAAAGCACUGAGGAAGGAAGUGGAGUAUCUUCAGAGCACAGCUUGGAAGUACCAGCCGAUAGACAAGUUUAUCGGACCGUAGAGUGCUCCCUCGUUGCUUGUGUUGUAAGUGCCUUCUUGUUCCAUGUGCCAAACUGAAAGAAAAUGUUGUCGUAUAUUUGGUGCAAGUUAGUGGGGAUGGUGGGAUAUAAGACUGAGGAUCUAGCUCCUAAAGAAGAGAACAUCGAUGAUGUGUUUAAAGCUUUAACAAGCAACAAGUAUCGAGUGGAGGAUGAUAGUGACAAAGAGUUGAAUGUGGGAAAGGCUGGCGAAGAUCAGAAUAGUGAAGAUAUUUGUGAGGCCCGGACGGGCGUCAUCACAAUGGUGAAAGAGAAUCAUGGUUUGAUUGAUAAGACUUAUUUGUUUGAUCUAGAUCUUUUUCCCUUGCAACGCCUGUGUGUAGGACAGAGUGUUAAGUUCCUGGCGUAUCGUAAGAAUAAGCAGAGCGGAUGGAAUGUUCGCAAAAUCUUCGGCAUUGUUCAUGAGAUGUGGGACGGUGAAGGAAAUGCAGGGCCAGAGACAUCUAAUAAGAAUGCUGGGUCUGCAGAGAAAAUGCAGUCCAUGAAAACAAAGCUGGUGAGGAAAGUGGACCAGAGGGAUGGGCGGACACUGAUCCUGGUACCAGGAGACAUAGAGUGUAACUUGGAUAGUGUUGCAUCAGAAUUCACACCUGUUGUUGGCGACUGGCUGCAGCUGGAGGCAGUCGUGGCGGUGGACGAGGACGUGGCUGACGUCAGCGGGGAAGUGCUGUCCAUCGACAGCGUGACCCCCCUGCGGUCACGCGUCACAGAGGCCGCCGUCACCAGACUGCUGGAGGAUGGCUGUGGGAUAAUCAACCUAGAGAUAUUCUUCUCGCCGGAUGCGUGUGAGAUGGGGUACAAGCCCUGCGUGGGUGACAGGGUCGCCUGUCAGGCCAUCGAGAGCGAGCAGUGGAACCUGAUAUGGCGGGCCAUCCAAGUGGUUUGCCUCUUCAGGGCCGACAAGACGGCCAACGUGCCUCGCCAGAGAGAGGACGAGAACUUGCCGAGGAACCGCAAUGGAAUUUUCGUCUCUCCCAGCGAUGAGCUGGUUGUUCUGAACAUGGGCGAAGCUCGAGAAGUGACCCUGUCGUUGGAAAAUAAGGGCACUGGCAAACAACUUUUGCUCCGCAGUUUCUUUGCUUCUAAAAGAUGUGAUUCACAGUUGUGCCUCAAGUAUCCUAAUUGUAGUAAAAAAUUUGAAAUCAAUCCAGGUCAGGAAGUAAAAUAUGUUUUUUUAUGUAAAGGGAUGUUCAUUGGUGAGUCAAUGGAGAAGUUUGUCUUUGUUUUUAAAGAUUUCAGUAUCGGCUACAAGUUCCGAUUUGAAGUGAAGGACAAGCUGAUAAAAGCAUUGCAAGAUUACCACAAACCGUACAGGAGGAGGGUGGACGCGAAGUCCUUGCAAAGGAAUUCCCGCAGGAACAUGGUAGACGUGAUCCCGGGUGUUCGACCGUGCAAACCACCGGCGUUCCUUAACGUGGCGCUGGGGCGCUUCCCGGUGCCGGAUCAGCUGUGGAACAUCGUUCUUGGCGAAGAGGACUCGACUGGCUACAUGUCGGACAUUCUGAAGCGCUUGCAACAUGCGAGGCCCUGCCUCAUUGCGGACCUUUGUUUCGAGAACUACUCUGACCGUUUCCACUCGUUGCUGUACGUGGAGGAAAUAGACGCGACUGUCAAACUCAGGAGGUUUGACAUGGAGAGGGCAAACUUCCAGUUUGCAGGUCCAGGAGGACAGUACCUCUCAUUGGAAGUCCCAGGAUUGGCUGAAAAGAGACCCUCUGUCAUCGUAGGCGAUUGUGUGCAUGCUGAAAAUUUGACUGAUGACAUCACUGAGAAAGUGAUCCAUGCUGGAUAUGUCCAUCAAGUCUACAAGCAACAUGUCUGGUUGAAGUUUGACUCCAACUUCCACUCGUCGUACGACAUGUCCGACUAUCGGAUGUCAUUCCAGUUCAACCGAACGCCAGUGCGCAGGUGCCAUGCGGCGGUGAAUGAUGCCGUCGCCCACCUGCGGGCGGCAGUCCUGUUCCCGACGCAGGUCAGACCGCAGCUCCCGCAGGUGAUUCUCGAGCCGGAGGACGAUCUUGCGCUUCCGGACGGGCGGCCUCUGAUGCGACCGGGCACUCUGUCCGAGAGCGACUUCAAGCGGAGGAAGCUGUUUUGGUUCAACAAAAGCCUGAACUGCUACCAGAAAGAGGCAGUGAGGAACAUCUUGCGAGGCGAGGCACGCCCCCUCCCCUACAUAAUAUUCGGCCCGCCUGGAACCGGUAAAACUAUCACCCUGGUGGAAACUGUUCUGCAAGUUUUGCAUCUGAUGCCACACAGCAGGCUGCUGAUAGCCACGCCCUCGAACAGCUCGGCCAAUCUGAUCGCGGAGAGACUGCUAGACUCGAACUACUUGCGGCCGGGGGACCUGAUCCGACUGGUGGGGUACCACUGCCUCGUGGAUGGCACGCUGCCCGAGAGACUGAUCCCGUUCAGCACGAGCGCGGACAUCAGCUACUACGACGAGAAGAGCUUGCCCCGGCAGUUCGGCACGCUGGAGAACGAGCUGAAGCUGUCGUCCAACGCCAGAACCGUGGGUCGCCACCGGGUGACUGUCAGCACAUGUGUCACGUUGGGGCAGCUCCGCACGAUGGGGUUCAAGCCGGGCCACUUCACGCACAUCCUUGUCGACGAGGCGGGCCAGGCGACCGAGCCGGAGAUCCUCAUCCCACUUGGCUUCCUGAACACGAAGGACGGCCAGGCAGUGCUGGCAGGAGACCCUCUGCAGCUGGGGCCGGUGGUCUCCUCCGACCUGGCCAGCCACCUCGGCCUCGGGGAGUCCCUGCUGUCGCGCCUCAUCCACCGGUUCCCCUACCAGCGGGACCCCGUGGGCUUUCCCGACAGCCGCGGCUUUGACCCACGCCUCGUCACCAAGCUGGUCGUCAACUACCGCUCUCUGCCGGACAUCCUCAGGCUGCCCAACUCGCUGUUCUACCACUCCGAGCUGGAGGCAUAUGUGAGUCCAACUGACAGUCCCGAAGCAAAGUUCCUGGCCCAGCUGUCGUCCAUGUUGCCUCGCACCGAGAAAGGGACUCUGCCCAUGGUGUUUCACGGGGUGAAGGGCACCAAUCGUCAAGAUGAUGACUGUCCUUCGUGGUACAAUCUGCAGGAAGUCACCCAGGUGUUGUUCUACAUAAACAAGCUGUACAGUUUGGGCACAGAACCAGAUGACUUAGGAAUCAUAACACCCUACAUUAGACAGGUUCAGAAGAUCCGAGCAAUGAUGUUGGACAUGAAUAUUCCCCAACCAAAAGUUGGAACUGUUGAAGAGUUUCAAGGUCAGGAGAGGAAAGUCAUAAUAGUUUCCACAGUGCGCAGCAGUACAGAUCAAGUGAAGAGAGAUGUUAUUCACGCCCUUGGUUUCGUUUCGUCGCCAAAGCGCUUGAACGUGGCAAUAACAAGAUCCAGGUCACUUCUCAUAGUGAUUGGCAAUCCUCACUUGCUGAACCUAGACAUGCACUGGCAAGAAGUCAUCAAAUACUGUGUUUCCAUUGGUAGCUAUACAGGAUGCAACCUCCCAGAAACACUUGAGAAAAUGUGUGGGAGUAACUGUGACGGUGGUAUCGAAGGAUGUGAACACUUUGAUGACCUGGGUGUCAAAGCCUGAUAAGUCUCUGGUUUUACAUCCAUAUCUUUUAUUGUACAUCCUGCCUUGGUAGUUAGCAGCAAAGAUAGGUAUUUAGUUAUCCCUAACCACCUGAAAUGUCAUAUCAUUCAGUAUGGUGAACAUUUCCAUUUAUUACAUUUUUCCCAAUGUUCUUAAUUUUUAUACAGGUGGUGCUUAAAACAUGUUUGUCAAUAUUUGUGUUUUGUGCAUAAUGAGUAAGCACUAUUAUUUGUAGAACUAUUGAAUUGUGAAGUAUUGUAAAGUUAAAUUACUUAAAAAAAAUUUUACUCACACAAAACAUUUUAACUUGAGAAAAAUAUUUAAAAUUGUAUGUACUUAUUACAUGUUCCAGGUUGUCAAUUAUAAAUGUGUAACAGUAUUAGUUAUUUUAACAUUUAGUAUGUGAUUACUUUGGGUUUUGAAUGAUCCAGUUUAUUACAUAAGGUGAUCAAUAACAUUACAGAACUUCUAUGAAAGCCUAUGGAAAUGUUAUGAGUUGUUUAGUUAUUUAUUUUCUGUUUCAGCCAGAGUUAUUGUUGUAACCAACAUCGAAGGACAGAAAAAACUUUUUUUUUUUGUGUGAAUCAGACUAACUGGAAAUACAUGGUUCCUUGUCA